AUGUUCCUUCUGGUUUGCCUAUGGGAGCAAAAACAGGAAGAGACAUUGCACCUAUUCGAAAGAGGCAUAAUUUGCACAUGGUGCUGUCGUCGGACGAGGAUACAAAAUCUGACGAUACGCGCCUUUGCCCUCGUAAAGCCCAUAGGACUUUAUCUGUGGCCAGGCUUCUUGGCGGCUUUAUAUCUGGGGGUGUGUCGGGUUCACCUAAAGAUUCCUGUCAACGCGGGAAGCCUUCUCUUAUCGAUGGAACAUGGACUUCAUCUCACUCCCUAUCUUUUGAGGCCUACACUUCAGGUUGGGCGAUUAAUGGAGAUUUCUUAUUGUCGGAGGAGGUUACCACCCAUGAGUGGAGUAGGUGCGCUCAUCCUCGCCACAAUGAAUUCGCUUGCGGUUCAAUCAAGUGCUCGCAUGGUCGGCGACCUUUGUUACGCCGCAACCCACACAUAUGCUCUCAUGGUUGUCGCUGUUGACCGGGUUCUUCAUGCUGGCAUGAAUCAGAGGCGGUUGAAACAUAAUUGCAUUGUGGCCUGCGAUAAGGCCGCUUUAGAGGAUCAAGUGGCUACCUUGGGGGACCGAUCUAAGCAAAUUGAGGACCAAUGGAUGCUGGAGAAGGGGGUGGUUCGCGUAAUUGACAAGGUCAUCGAGAGCAUUGAAUUCGCCAACGGGAUCCGGGGUGUUUGUGAGGCAUAUGAAGCCCUUGGGUUUGAAAAAGGGAAACGAAUGGGUGGUCACUCUGCAAGUGUCAGGGAACCUAAAGUCCCAGAUCCUAGCCGUGUUGCAAGAAGGAUUGAAAAGGUGGAUGUCACCCUAUCGUCCCUGGCUGAGACGGAUUUUGCAGGCCUCUUUCACUUGGGGGAGAUGGAUUAUGACGACUUCUGCUAG